AGUUAAGUAACACCAACUCUAUACUCAUUCAAAAUGACUGGCCGUGGUAAAGGAGGCAAAGGAUUGGGAAAAGGAGGAGCAAAACGUCAUCGUAAAGUAUUGCGUGAUAACAUCCAAGGUAUCACCAAGCCAGCUAUCCGUCGUUUGGCUCGUCGUGGUGGUGUAAAACGUAUCUCUGGAUUGAUCUACGAAGAGACCCGUGGUGUACUCAAGGUUUUCCUAGAAAACGUCAUUCGUGAUGCAGUCACAUACACCGAACACGCCAAGAGAAAAACAGUCACUGCCAUGGAUGUUGUCUAUGCAUUGAAACGUCAAGGACGUACUCUCUACGGUUUCGGAGGUUAAGCUCUACAUCAGCAAUAAAAAAAUCGGCCCUUUUCAGGGCCAUCAAAUUUAUUCAACGUUUGCUUAUUAUUCAUUUUUUAACAUUAUGUUUUUACGAAUAUUUUUUUUUUUUUUUAUUCAUAAGUUUACGUUUACUAUAUAAGAUUAUGUGCCUGGACAAGACAAUAUUUUUAUAUUUUGUUCAUAUUCUUAUGCUUUUUAUAAAUAAAUAACUUUUAAAUAUAAAAAGUUUGAGAGUAUCGGGGAACUGAGUUAACUACUACAAGCAUCGUUUUAGUGUCGAUGUAAAUUUCGCUUGUUAGUGUAUAUCCGUGCACACACAUACUACUAAAGAACUUAAGGUUUUCAUCAGUAACGCGACAAAAAAUUU